CACUGGCCGGCGGCGGCAGGAGCGCACGGACCUUCCCUCGCCCUCGGCCGGCCGGGGCUCCCCCGACUGCAUGGGCGCGGGCCGGACGGGCCCUGGGGGCUGAGCGGCCGCGCCGCCUCCGCGCCCCGCGCCAUGGAGGGCGCCGAACCCCGCGCGCGGCCCGAGCGCCUGGCCGAGGCCGACGCGCGGGCGGCCGACGGCGGGCGCUUGGUGGAGGUGCAGCUGAGCGGCGGCGCCCCAUGGGGCUUCACCCUGAAGGGCGGCCGCGAGCACGGCGAACCGCUGGUCAUCACCAAGAUUGAAGAAGGAAGUAAAGCUGCGGCAGUGGACAAGUUACUGGCCGGGGACGAGAUCGUCGGCAUCAACGACAUUGGUCUCUCAGGGUUUAGACAGGAGGCGAUUUGCCUGGUGAAGGGCUCUCAUAAAACCCUGAAGCUGGUAGUGAAAAGGAAGAAUGAGCUGAGCUGGAGGCCUCACUCCUGGCAUGCCACCAAGUUCUCUGAUAGCCACCCCGACACAUCAACAUCUCCGUUCCCCUCUGCCAGCUCCUGUCCUUCCUGGCACGGCCGUCACCACCCCAGUUCUUCCUCCCAUGACCUGUCUGGCACGUGGGAGCACACGAAUCUGCAGCGUACCUCUGACCACUUUAGUUCCCUGGGGAGCGUCGACAGCCUGGACCACCCUUCCCAGCCCUACCCCUCCGGACGCCUCUCCGCCGCCAGGUCCAAUGGCAGCAUCGACCACCUGGGCGGCCCGAGCAAGCGGGACUCAGCUUACGGCUCGUUCUCCACCAGCUCCAGCACGCCCGACCACACCUUGCCCAAGGCUGAUGCGUCCUCUGCAGAGAACAUCCUCUACAAUGUGGGCCUGGGGGAGGCCUCCAGGCUGGGCGGCCGGCAGGGCCAGGCUGCCAGUGACCCCCAGGGCCUGGAGGACAGGCUCGGGUACUUCCCACCCCGGGUCCCCCGUGACAGCAGUAGAAGCCCCAGGCCAGAGGACAGUCCUGAGACCAAGCUGGCCACCCCUGGGAAAUCAAAUUUGGGACCGGUUUGGUAUGUCCCCGAUAAGAGAAAAGCACCUUCCUCCCCUCCUCCACCGCCUCCCCCUCUCCGCAGUGACAGCUUCGCUGCCACCAAGAGCCACGAGAAGGCCCAGGGCCCUCCACUCCCAGACACCGCCAGUGUGCAGCACUUUCCAGGCCCGCCCCGGGCCCAGCCCCGCAGUGACUGGAGACCAGAGCCCGCCAGUCAGCAGUGGAGGCCGGCACGGCCCGGCAAUGGGAAGAGAGUCGGGAGCUCGGGCCCUGCACCCCACGUCCCCCUGGACGGUGGGGUGUCGACCCCUGACCACAGGCCGGGCGGCCUCCCGGGGGCCCCCGGCCGGCUUCAGGCCUCCCUGUCCAGCACGGACGUGCGUUUCCCGCAGGCCUCCUGUGGCUGCCAGCACCCGCGCCAGUACAGUGACGAGAGUCCCUUCUGUCACGACGGCCCCAGGGCCGCCUCGUCGCUGAGGGAGCAGCACUGUGUGGCCGUCCCUGGCGGCCGCCAGGAGCCUUCUGCCCACCGUGUCCGGGACGACGGCCCCACUCGGCUCAGGUGGCCCGGUGCCACUGAGCAGAAGGGCGACAGCGGUGCGCAGAGCCGCUACUACUGUGUGACCAGCAGACAGGGCCCGCAGGCAAGCGCCCAGGCGGGACAGCGCCCCGAGGAAUAUUGGCAGUCUGACAGGGCCGCAGAAGCCCACGAACUCCCCACUGAGCACCGGAUGGGCCACGGGCCCUGGGGUCACAUCUGCCAGCACGAGGAGGAGGCCCCGGACACCCGUGAGAGCGACCAGGCAGCCAAGGGCCACCCCGUGGGAAGCGAGGAGCCACAGACAGCCGCGCACGGGGCAGGAGCCGCGGGGAAGGAAGCCGCCGACGGCUUCCUGUGGGCCGCGGGAGAAAGCGGCAAGAUCUCCCCUCAGAAGACGCCUAUGCUGCACUCGCUGGCCCGGGAGGGGGCGCGCCCGCCCGACGAUGGCCCGGGAGCUGGUGCCGAAAGGCCGCCCCCGUUCGAUGGCCAGGUGGGCAGAGCCACCCGGAGAAGCGACCGCUUCGCCACCACCCUGAGGAACGAGGUCCAGAUGCGCCGAGCCAACCUGCAGAAGAGCAGAAGCACGGUGGCGCUGGCUGGGGCCGACGAGGCGGCUCGGGAGGCCGGCGGCUGGCAGGUGGAGCCAGGAGGCGUCCCCGGCGCCUCCCCAGAAGGUUCCUUCCGGGGCACCUAUAAAGACCACCUGAAGGAGGCCCAAGCCCGGGUCCUGAGGGCCACGUCCUUUAAGCGCCGUGACUUGGAGCCCAGCCUGGCCGAUCGUCCCGCGGGGUCAGCAGAGCCGCGGACUGAGGAGCACAGCACACACCUGGAUGCCGCCCCCCACUUCUGGGAGGGGGGCCUGCCCAAGCCGUCCCCGUCUGGAGGGGGCCUGCCGCACGUUCCCCGCAUUGGGGGCCGGAAACGGUUCACGGUGCAACAGAAGCUGAAAUCGUACUCCGAACCCGAGAAAAUGAACGAGGUGGGGCUCGCAGGGCCCGAUCGCCCCCACCGGCACCCGGGUGCGUCCGAGGACGGCGUGGGCACAUUCGCCGACAGGUGCAAGUUUUUUGAGGAAAGCAGCAGACCCAUUCACCAGAGACCUGGGCAGAGGCAAGCGCUCUGUGGAUUCCCGAAGGAGAAGCUGGAGAGGCCGCGGACAGCGGGCCAUGGGUACGAGGGUGCAGAGCCUUGGUUCCAGAACAGGGCCCACACGACCUCCCUUGGAGAGAACCCCAGCAGUCACGGAAAAACGGCGAACAUGGGAAAACCAGAACCGCCUCAGAGACUUGGAACCUUUGCUGAGUAUCAAGCCUCUUGGAGGGAACAGAGAAACGCUCUAGAAGCCAGGAGUUCUGGGCGGUAUCACUCAGCGGAUGACAUCUUGGACGCAGGUCUGGAUCAACACGAGAGGCCACAGUACGUUCAUGGAAGGUCCCGUUCCUCACCAUCCACAGACCCCUACAAACAGGAAGCUGCCAUCGAACCACAACAGCAAGUGGGGGACGCUGGUGAGCACAGGCAACUUUCUGCCACCGUCCGGGCCGAGGAGGGACGCCCUAAUCCGAGACAAGCAGAUGUCCGACGGCCGGCAAGCGGUGCGGCAGGACAGCAGGACUCCCGGACGCCGGCCCAGCUCGGUCAGCCGUCUCCCGCCUGGGGGGCUCCGGAGGUGCCCCCGGAGGCCCGCGGCCGAGCGGGGACCCUCCCUCGAGACUACAGAUCCUCGGAGGGCGCGCCCUCGGCCCCGCACGCCCCGCACACCCGCGGGCAGGAGCCCAGGCCCUUGAGCGCCGCGCCCGUCCCCAAGCAGCCAGCUCCGCGGAGGCCGCCGCCGCCACCGCCGCCCAAGCGUGAGCCCGGGCAGUUGGGGGGCCUGGCCGGCGGCACCCCCAGCGGGCCCCUGCCGUCCCCCGAGGCCCCGGACGCGUGCGCCCCCCGCCCGGCCCUCGGCCAAAGGCCCGAAGACGGCGAGCGCGCGGGGCGGCAUGUAGACGGGCACCCGGCCGGGCCUGAGAGCCAAGCCCCGCUCCCUUCCUCGCUGCGGGCCCCGCGCCCGGCCGCCAUGGAGACUUCUCGCUCCCCUUCGCCCCAGUUCGCCCCGCAGAAGCUCACGGACAGACCUCCCCUGCUGGUCCAGGACGAGAGUUCCACCAGAAUCGAGCGGGUGAUGGACAACAAUACCACUGUGAAGAGGGUGCCCAUCAAGAUUGUGCACUCGGAGAGCCGGCCUGAGAAGGAGAGCCGCCAGGGCCUGGCCCGCGCCACCGAGCUGCCCACACUGCCCAGCGGGCUGGAGAAAGACCACAUCAAGACCCUCAGCACCUCAGAGCAGUUCUACUCCCGCUUCUGCGUGUACAGCCGCCAGGGCGCCGAGCCCCAGCCCCAGCCCCCCGAAGCCCCCGCGCCCGCUGCCAAGGACAGCGGGGCCUCUCCGUCCGGGCUCAGCUACACGAAGACCAAGGAGAGGACGGCCGAAGACCUGAAGUCAGAAGAGCUGGCCCGGGAGAUCGUGGGCAAGGAGAAGUCUCUGGCCGACAUCCUGGACCCCAGCGUGAAGAUCAGGACCACCAUGGACCUGAUGGAGGGGAUCUUCCCCAAAGACGAGCUCCUGCUGGAGGAAGCCCAGCAGCGGAGGAAGCUGCUCCCCAAAGUGCCCUCUCCUGGGACCACGGACGAGAAGAGAGAGGAGCCGAGCGUGCCGGCGGCCAUGUCCCUGGCCACCAGUUCCACGUACUACAGCACUUCGGUCCCCAAGGCGGAGCUGCUGAUCAAGAUGAAGGAUCUGCAGGAGCAGCAGGAGCCCGAGGAGGAUUCGGGGAGCGACUUGGACCACGACCUGUCGGUGAAGAAGCAGGAGCUCAUCGAGAGCAUCAGUCGCAAGCUGCAAGUGCUUCGGGAAGCCCGGGAGAGCCUGCUGGAGGACAUCCGUGCCAACAGCGCACUGGGGGACGAGGUGGACGCCAUCGCCAAAGACGUGUGCAAACCCAACGAGUUUGACAAGUUCCGCAUGUUCAUUGGGGACCUGGACAAAGUGGUGAACCUUCUGCUGUCACUGUCGGGCCGUCUGGCGCGGGUAGAAAACGCCCUCAAUAAUUUGGAUGAGACUACUUCUCCUGGUGAUCGGCAAUCGCUGCUCGAGAAGCAGCGGGUCCUCAUCCAGCAGCACGAGGACGCCAAGGAACUGAAGGAGAACCUGGACCGCCGGGAGCGGAUCGUGUUCGACAUCCUGGCCAGCUACCUCAGCGAGGAGAGCCUGGCCGACUGCGAGCACUUCGUGAAGAUGAAGUCCGCCCUCAUCAUCGAGCAGCGCGAGCUGGAAGACAAGAUACACCUGGGCGAGGAGCAGCUCAAGUGUCUGUUUGACAGCCUGCAGCCCGAAAGAGGCAAAUAGGAGGGCCCUCCCUGGCGGAGGCCGGAAAGUGCCCCUCUGAGCUCGGUUCCGGAGGAUGCACGCGGAGACCCCAGCCGGUAUUUAUAUCCUGCAGCCCGAGUCGUCCCCUAGCGGGAUGGCUGCUUUAGAGAAGCAAUAACUUCCGUGUGUGUUUGCGAUGAUCUAUUUAAUGUGUUUUAGCUUCCCCGUUGAACGCUGAGCAGAGCAUCUCACCAUUAGCCAUUUUGCUUUGCCGGUUACCACACGUGGCCCAGCCUCCGGAGGGUGGCGGGUUCCCGCAGUAUAGACUGUGUAGUGCAUGCAAGUGGUCCUUCUCACUGGUAGGUGUGCCCUUCCUCCCGUCUUCACAUCCUGAACCAACCGCCCGGGAAGCAGCCUGAGUGAGUCUUGAAGGCACAUGAGCGGGGAACCCCUGGCUCCCGUCUUACCCUGCGAUUCCUUACCCUGGGAAGCGUGGGCUGCCCCGUCGUACCCCAUUCGUCCGAUGGUGUGGACCCUUCCUCGUCCUUCAUUCAUUGUCUCCCAGCAAAACCAUGAUGAUAGGAUGAGAAGUUACUAAUCUUUUGGAAAGGGGAAUGGUUUCCCAGUGGUUAAAAACCCACUGUGAAAUGAACACCUUAUGUGUUGGCUUCACGCAUCCUGAAAUCGCCACAGAAAGAAUCGUGUGCAUGCUUUAAAACACGCGCACAGCACAAGGAGCUUCAGUCCUGACGUCACGGUUCACGUGAUCUUUUCCUGCAAAGUGAAAGUCCUCGGUCAGUAGCGUGUCCAGUAGGAGUGAUGUGCUCGCUAGAUACUUGUUUCAUGAGACCAACAGCAUAUUUCUGAAAUUACCUUCUGCCUGUAACACUUACUUUGUGCGCGUAUGGUUGUUAGUGACAAUUGGCUACGUUUCUGUUUUUGCCUCUUUAAAUCUAUUGCCAUGCCGUAAGGGUUACUUUCCAUUUACUUGUAAGAACCUUUCCUCUCUGCACUUUCAGAGGCCCCAUGGAGUAUUACAACUCCCAAACCCGAUCUUUUUCUGCCACAGAGUUUAUAGAUUCUGUCCCGUUUAUUAGCUGAAAUCGCAAGUUUCUCAAGAGAGCCUGCUCACUAAGAAGACACUGUCAUGCUGUCAGUUUCCAGUGGACAAGUCACAGACUGGGAGGAAAGAUGUGCUAAUCAUGUCUAUGACAAAGGAUCUAGAACGUGUGAAGAACUUUCAGAAGCAAGAGAACAAACAGCUGGUUAGUACAUGGGCAAGAAACAUAACUCGGUGCUUCAGCACAGAGGCCGUGUGCACGGGCAAUAAAAUAAGCACGUGGAAAGACAUUCAACCGCCAUCGGCUUGGUUGUAACUUCCGUUUAAUCUACGCCAAUGUAGAGCUUCUUCACAGAUGCCCAUCCAGUUAAACGCGUGGUAAAUGGCAGGACAGCCCCUUGGACGACGUCAUGUUGAAGUGAUGAUCGGACAUUUGUUUGAUCGAGGGAUCAUUUGGAUCCUCGUUUCCCCUAUUCCCAUGAAAGUUUUCUGACAGGUGGGGACAUGUCCCUUUGUCCGCGGCGACGGUUGCCUUCCCAGAACACACGUGCACACAAAUGUCUUAACAGACCGCUGUCUGUACUUGAUGAGCCAGAGCAGGGGAGCUCGACCCCUGAGCCACAGCACUGACGUCUCUGCACCCCACAGGGGUCCCAAAGUGGCAAGUUUUGGUAACGCACGCAAUAAACCCUCUUUUUGGCAAUCCACUCGUGCCAGAAAGCUCUAUGCCUUUUCAGAAGUUUCCAGUCCUAUUGAAUUAAGCGACUUCUGACUUGAAAAAAAAUCCCCAUCCUGCCAGUGACGUGUCCUCCUUUCCUCCUGCUGUAGUCCCUUCCUGUGAGAACUGGUCACUUCAGAGAAGGUGAAGUUGGCUGUCCACGGACCUCUGUCAUUCUCCCUCAGGGGGACAAACAGUAAUUUCAGGGUGUUUUGCUUUUAAUUUAGACAAAGCAUUUAUCUGUGAUUCUUUCCCCUCGAAUACAGUAUUGUGAAUCAUUCUGAUGAUAUAUAUGUAAAAUGUGAGAAACAGGAGGUGUGUGUCUCUAUCCAGCCUUUUAGGUCUUUUGAGGACCUUCUCUUACACACAGCAAUAUACAGUGCUCUGUCCCCCUUGCCGCGAAGCACAUGGGGUCACUGUCCUGUACCUUCCCCUGUUUGCCUCUUCAGCGUCUAGUCAGCAGGGACCCAAAGAUUCCAGUGAGUCGAUGUACAUAUCUUUGUACAUAGCUAUGUUAUUGCAUACAACAACAAUCUGGUGCUAAUGUUUUGCCCUUGGCAUUCUUAGGUGGCGGCUGAUUCCUCCCCCUCUGUCGUAGCACAGCUGUGGAAUGCUCUGUCUGGCGAGAUUUCAGUCAGGGGUAUGGCCUGUGGCUUUUAUCCUGCAGUCCAGUGUGGAAAAUGUGUACGUACUUUAUGCUCGACCCUUACCACUUAGCUCUCAUCGUAUCGUCCUGCUUGACUUGGAACAGAAUAAAUGUGUCUUUGAGUGAAUGGA